AUGAAGCCCGUAUUAUUCAGCGAUGAUGAGGACGAAGCCACCAGAGAUCCGAUAGACUAUUCUUAUAUGCUUCCGACGCUCUCCGCUUCCACGUCAACCGCAUCCCCAACACCGGUGGCCAAGAAAUCGGAAUUCGAUGACAUGUACACAGAGAUGAUGCGGGAGCGCAUGAAACCUCGGGAUAAUCUAUUCACAAUGAUGGCUUCACCUUCUAAGGAUGGAAACGAUCCUUACCAGAUCGACGCUAUAGUGCCUCCAGGUGUUUCGAAAACGCCAAAAUCGCGACCGAGUGUAUUUGAGAGGGCUAGCUUGGAUGAAAUGACGCCUACUCGGAUGCAUAUCAAUUCACCAUUAGUCGCACGUACCCCUGCGGGACUAUUUACUCGACGUGAGCUGCGGUUGCAGGAUAUUAAAAAUGAAGCUACCUCGGAUCCAACUUGGUCGCCAAUCACACCGGGCCAGAUGAGGGCCCACAUAGUCAGAAAGCUAAAUGGGAAAGGAAGCCCGUUGGACACUCCUUCCCCCUCUCGAAAAGCCAACAUUAACGAUUCGACCCCUGAAAAAACGCCGCCACGAUCACGGCCUGUCCGUAGUUGCACCGUUGCUUCCCGUUCUACUCCGUUAUGGCGCAACGUGACCGGCGAGUCUUCUGAAGACGAAAACGUCCCAAUCGCGACGGUGCUCCGCCGAUUGAGAAGUAUGAAAGAGAAGCCAGAAAGGUCGAAAGCGGACGGUGAUGGGGGCGAGCGUGAGACCAACGAACCCUCGUCCCUAGUUGUGACGCCCAAGAAUCGUCACACAAAGAAAAGGCCCAGGCGUUCUGCCGUAAACAAUGAGAGGGAAAAUGCCGGUCCAUUGCGUAAGGACAACAGAACUACAAGGAAACGACGGCACCCCAGCGUUGAACAAGAUCAAAGCGACGAUGACAUGACGCUUUCGGAGGUUGCGUCUCGCAUGAAGAAGUCCACUGACGGAACAGUCGAGCGUGUUGAGGAGGAACAAGUUCCAGAAGAUGCUCCGCUUUUGCCCGUUGCCGAUGCUCAACCAUCGAACAGCCCACAGGACAUCAAGAGGAAGAGGCGCCGCCUUGUUGUCGUUGAGAGCAGCGACGAGAGCGACGAUGACGAUGUGCCGCUCGUGGAACUGUUAAACCGCUCGAGGAACAACAAGUCCAAGAAACGGCGCAUUGAGAGCAGUGAAAGUGAGCAAAGCGAUGACGAUGAUGUGCCGCUAUCUGAAAUUUUGAAUCGCUCGGUA